GUUUUAUUUUGGCACAUUUCAAGUGUACUACAUUUUAUAUACAAUUAAAUGACCCCAGAAAGCUUCGUUGUAAGAUGCAGAGUGUUACACAAUUUUAAAGUGAAUCCUAUCCAUCAAUGAUUUUCAGAAAUAACUUUAUCAACGUAAAACGGGAGCAGAACGGAGUGAGACAUCUCAGACAUGUAAAGAUCUUUGCUGCGAGGAGUUUCGUACAGUUUGUUCUUACAGCUGUGCUGUUCUUCCUUUGGUGCAGCAGUUGUGCAUACCUCUCGUUUUGGUUGCUGUUGCUUCACCAGCCAUUCUCAAAGUCUUGGUCUGAGAAAGGCUUUGGGUAGUUGCCGGACUCUUAAUACACCCUGACAAACGAUGACGGCAGCCUACUGUACACCGUGGCCACAGGCAUGUCACAUUUGAGCUGCAUGGUCCUGCGGCGCUAGCCUGUCAGCUAAAAUUAGCUACCGACCGUUAGCUCAACUGCAACAUGAGAGACUAUGAGAAUAAUGAGGUUGAGCUAGCAGUUAAAACCAAACGAAAAAAGAAUACCAAACCAGUGCCAACGAGACAGUUUAACAACAUCUGGAAAACAUUUUGACUCUCAUGCGGACUUUACCCACCGUUUAGAGACGGUGAACAGCAGUUACUGGUGCUGUUACAGCCACUCAGUCAAGAGUCAACAAUGUUAACGUUAUUGUAUAGUAAAACACGCCUACUCGGAAGAGGAAGAACUUUGCUCCUUGAUCAGUAUAAGAGGAUUUGCUUAAAGAUGUCGCGCUCCUCUCUCUCGGGUAAAAGGUUAAGGGUUCUAGUUGAUAUGGACGGGGUCCUGGCGGAUUUCGAGGGGGGGUUCUUGAAGAAGUACCGUGCCAAGUACCCAGACGAGCCCUUCAUCACCCUGGAGGACAGGCGGGGGUUUUGGGUGUCAACGCAGUAUGGGGAGCUGAGGAGUGACCUGUGUGAAAAAGCCAUCAGUAUCUGGCAGUCCAAAGACUUCUUCAUAGAGCUGCCGCCCCUGCCAGGAGGAGUGGAGGCAGUCAAGGAGAUGGCUGAGAUGGAUAACACAGAUGUCUUUAUUUGCACCAGCCCUAUAAAGCAUUACAAACACUGCCCAUUUGAGAAGUAUGCUUGGGUAGAGAAGCAUUUCGGUCAUGACUUUCUGGAGCAGGUCAUCCUGACCAGGGACAAGACAUUAAUCACAGGAGACAUCCUCAUAGAUGACAAGCCUGACAUUCUAGGUGUGGAGGCCAAACCUACAUGGGAGCACGUCCUGUUCACCGCCUGCCACAACAAGCAUUGUUCCAUGAGCCCCUCCCAGAGACGACUCCUGUCUUGGUCGGAUGACUGGAGGGCCAUCCUGGAUAGCAAGAGGCAGUGAGGAACCCCUUCACUGCCCCAGCAACCUGGCUUCCUGGUUAAUGGCAGUUUUGGGGGUCUCCGUCACAGGACCAGCAUCCUUGCCACAACGGUGGGUGUUGAGGCUCUGAAGGGUCGGUGUCUUGCCAAGGAAAUGCCAGAAUUAUUUUCUGAAAACAGAAAAUAAAAAUCAAGGUUUUUCACAAAGCAGACACUUGUUGUUGGGAGUGGACAUUCAUUUGACCACAAGAGGGCACCGAUGACACACAGUCUGAACUUUGAGUUCACAACCACAUUUCAACUGUCUAAAAGGGGCAGCACUUUGUAGCUACUCUGCCUGUGUUCUAUGUUUUGGACAUUAUCAUACUACUGUGAACAUUUCUGUGUAAAAUCCAAUUUUUGAGCCACUGGAGUGGUUAAUCUGUGGUCUUCUUCACAAAAGGGUCAGUAGUUCUCAAUACUGUGUUGCAUCAAUGGGUCAGUGGACUGUGAUUCACUCACAACAACGGGAUACUCCACUACAAUGAAAAAAAAGUCUCCAUGACUACAUAUGUGCAGUACAUACUGUAAGCAUAAGAACUGGUCUUACAGAAACUGAUGCUGAAUGUUUGGGAGUGCACCAUACCGCUGUCAUGUAACUGUAAGUACGCAAUACAUGUUCAGAGAUACCUCUCACAUUUUUUAAGGGUUCACAUGGAUAGUGUAUAUCGGUGCUUUUUUUAAUCCUAUUAUCUCUGUCAAUGAUCUAUGCAUUUCAACAAAUACACUGAUGGGGAAAAAAAGUAGUUGCAGCCUGAGAAUUGUGCACAUACAUAUGCAUGUUACCAAAACCAGAGAGUAUUACAAUAUAUUAAAACAGUUACUGAAAUAUGUGUGCUCAAUAUGUUUAGAAUACUAUGUUUAUUUUAAAAAAAUCAAACCUAAAUUCUGAGGUCUAAGAAUGAAUAAAACUAAAAAGAAAAUGUAUAUUGUUACUUUUUAGUUAUGUACUUUCACACAGUCAGUCUGAACACACCAUAUCUCAUAAGUUUGCCUGUAUAAGACAUACUUUGCUACAGUUGUAUAAGUAAUGGUCAUGAUCUAUUAAAGUCUGAGUCUUUUCUGGUAAAACAAACCCUGAUAAACAUGACUCAAUGCACUUACGACUUUUAAUUACAUUUCCUGUUACUUUUCAGUUUACAUAAACAUAUUGCACCUGAUUUGAACCCAGUUAUAAGGUUAAAACUCCUGACCUGCAGAGUACCACCAAAACACACAAUCUACUUGUAUUUAUUUUAACAUCAUAUGCUAAUUGAAAAUGUGCACCGACUGAAAAGACUGAGCCACAAAACUGCAUUUGUUUCUUUUUUAGUCAUGUCCUGCAGUACCUCAUUACUCAUCUGUAUGUGAUGUGUGUUAAUCAUACGUUUUAUAAAACAGCCUUCUCUCAGUCAGGAUGUUCUCCUUCACAUCGACUGUUUGCAUGUAGCAGCUGAUUCAGAACGCAUUUUACUAAGUUCUGGCAGGCCAGUUAUGAUUUUGCUUUUUGCUGCUAAAGUGCUUUUUUGAUAACAAAGCGGUGCAUAUUAAAUGUAUUAUGGAAGAUGUAGUUAGGGUUGAGUACUGUAACGUGUAUUUUUGUCCUUAGGAUGUCUCUAAUGCUGUGUUUUAUUUAAACUUGCUUAAAACACACACACAAAGAAUAAAAGGAGGACC